GUGGAAGCUCGAGGAUGGGUCUAUCUAUCUCCGGAAAUGGAAAAUGCAAUGGUAGUGGGAUUAGUAUUGGGCACGACACCAAAUCAGCUGUUUAGGCAAGCAGAACGGGAGGUGGUAAGGGCGGCGUGUCAGCGGGCGGAAAUGGAGAUGGAAAAGAUGGAGGUGCGAGUGGAACUCGGAGACCGGAAAAAUAUGAGACGCCCCCUUAGGACGAUGAGAUGCGUGCCACCCCCGUUUCUGGUGGAUGCAGUCUUUGAGACCAGGGAUAGAUUGGAACGGAUAUGUCGGACGAUGACACGCCUGAGGCUGUACCAAUGUGCUAGACAGGACUUCUAUAGACUGUCGGUGGAAGAGGGGCCGUUUAAAGGAAACUGGGCAGAAGAAUUAACUGAGGUAUUGAACCUCCUCAGCGCGGACAAAAUCUUUGUUCCCAGUCCGGUGCAUUGGCAGAUAGUUUACCGGAAUGUGGCGGCGGGGGAGACCUUAGAGGGGGUGAAGGACCUGUUCUCAUACGAAGAAGGGGAUUUCAGUGAUGACGAGGAAGGAGAGGUUAGCUUGCUGGCGGCGAGUGGAGGUUGGCACCAGGUGGCGGAUUGGGUCGGGGUCGAACUUGCGGAAAACAUGGUUUACUUGGUGACGAAAGUUGAGUGGCGUGCGGAUGAGAAUGGGGAGUGGAACCCGGACCCGCGAGGGCAUGUGCGUGCAGAGGGACGGUUGUAUGUGUCUGAAAAUGGGUGGAGGGAGUUCGAAGUCCGAAUGGCAUCUGGAGGAAACCCGUUGAGCAUGUUUGAAGGGGCGUGGCAGUUAGUGUGGCGAGCAGGAUUUGAGUUCGCAGAUCCGGGGGUUGACGAUGUAACAGCGGAUCUUAGGGUAGCCACGGUCGGGAGUUUUGAAUUGCCUAGUGAAAAUGUACCAAUGAGGCUGCCGCCCUUCCUGCUGGAAAGGUUGGGCGGUCUGGGACCGGGAGACGAUCUGUACACUGACCUUAGGGUGACAGGGACCGUAUACCUACCGGAACUUGGAUGGUACAUGCUAAGAACGGAAUUGGCACUAGGGCUAGGUAAAGGAAUGGCGACAGAGGAAGAGAUCGAUGGCCAGCAGAGCAGGGGGAGCCAGGGCACGAAUGGGGACGGGGAACGAAACGAGGGAUCAAUGAAGGAUCGAGAGUCGGCCAAACCGGAAGGAACCCGAGAAGAUGGGAAGGACCUUUCAAUAGGAGAAAGCUCCGGAAAGGCUGGGGGUACCAAAAGAGGACCUCAAGAAAACAGGGAAGGGGGAAACAAUACGAAAACGAGCCCUCAGAACUCCGCGGGAGCCACCCCUAAAAAGACGAAAGUCUCGGAUACCCGCUGUAAACUGGUAGAAAUAGAAAAGCGGACUGCAGAAUUUAAGGCAAGACUUAUUGAGCAGAUGAUGGUUGGGGAUGAGGAGGAUCUCCAGGGCAUGGGAUCGCGGGAGGGACGCAGGACCAGUCAGGACGAGGUCAGGUAUGAAGGGAAGGAUAACAGUCAUAGGGGAACACCUAGCAAAAAGGGGCAGGACAAGGACGACUCCCCGGCGGAAGGGACGGAAAAGGCUAUGACCCCGCCUGCCAUCCACAACGGCGCUAGCCGACUGCCCGCCACACCGAAAGUAGCAAAGGCGUGUGACGGACUCGGGAGUCUUAGGGAAAGGGUACUAGGUUGGUUUGAUCCAGGGGGAAUGACGAAAGCCGGGGAGAAAUGCAGGGAAAGUAAGGAGGGAGAGGGGACUAGUGCGGUCGGGGAAGGGGGCAGCUCCGAAGGGGGUCUCAAGAGAAUAGUCACCAGCCUCACCCGGGCACUAAACAAAAACCAGGGGUAUCUCGCAGACGCAAAGAAGAAACUCACGUUCGACGGGGCAAACAUUACGGAGUUUUUGAUAAAUUAUGAGAAUCUGGCAGCCUUACUGAAAUGGACGGAAGAGGAAAAGAUGGAUCACCUGGGGCAGCACGUGUCCUGGAAAGAGACAAGGAACGAGAUGAUGAGAAAAUACCUGAAGGGAGAGAAGAUGGCAACAGAAGUUGAACUAGCAGCAGUCCAAAGGAAAAAUUAUGCGACUUACAACGAUUUUCUGAGGGCGUUUACGCUAGUGGCUCUGCGAAUCCCUGGGAUAACGGACCAUAUAAUGAGUAAAUACUUCCUCAGACAGUUUUUCGAGUUUGACAAGGAUAAGAUUCUGUCAGCAUACCAACAGACCAGCAAGUUCGAAUACACGAGGGAUGUAGAUUUCAGUACGGUAACAGACCUUGCGGAAAAGACAGUGGUGACCGAAACGCUAGGCCUGCUUAAAGAAGGGGAAGUCAUAGACCUGGCGGCAAAACAGGAGAUAAGUAGGUCCCUCAAGGGCGAAAUUCUUGGACCUCAGGGAGAGCGCAUAAAUUGGAACUCGCCAGGAGGGAUGCGGCGUGUCGUCAUCCUCCUGAACAAUUUGAACAUAGCUGCCGUAGAAGCAGAACCGGUAGCUGAGCUUGCCUGGGACCAACCAAGAGGGCGUGGGUCACAAGUCAAUUUCAUCCUGGAAGGCAAUAAGCAGGACGGGGUGAAUAUUACUACCCGACGGGUUAGCGCAGAAAAGAAGCUCAUCCGAGACACAGUAAUGGAAGAAGCCGCAGGGACUAGUGCAGAUCAGGAAGAAGCCGAGGCCAGGGAGCAGGAGAAGGCCUAUGGAAAAGUAAGGGGAGAAGAGUCGGUAGAUAAGGUCACGACGGCGAAGAAGAAAUUUAGAUACAAGAUCCCGAUCCUGGCUGGAGCGGAAGUCGAUAGUUCCUUGAGUGAGCUCCUGGGCACCAUGGUAUCCGUGUCCUUCCAAACCAUGUUGCAGGCAAGCCCGAGAUUGCUUAAAGGGCUCAGGCACUUGCUAACGCGCAGGCGCGUAGUAGAAGAGGCCCCAGAACCCCAGGAACAGGAAGUCGAAGAGGCCGAGGUGCCGCAAGGGGUCUCUAACCUCCAAAGAAUUCCGGGAGAUCUGGAAGAUCUGGAUAACGUUUUUGCGGACAUCCACCUGAGCAUGCCAGAUGGGGAAGGUGGCGAAGUCAUGAAAUCACCACCCGGGACAAAGCUUAGCUUCCACGCGUUACUCGUAGGAAAGCUGAAAGUUCAGAUCGGAACCCACCACACGGACGCCUUGGUGGACGGUGGUGCGGAAAUCACCCUCAUACGACGAGAUUUCACAACGAUCACGGGUUGCACAGUAAACAAGGAAGUGACAGGGAUCAUCCGAGGAGCUGGCGGGGAAAUUCCUUUCGCAGGGUAUGUCACCAAGUGCGCGGUUAAGGCAGGAAUUCGGGAAUCGAUCUGGUCGUUUUAGCGAAUGACCGUAAUGGAAGAUAUGGACCACGAUAUAAUUCUCGGGAGACCGUGGUGUGCUAACGUGGAAAUGAUAGGCAUGCACUUGGACGAUU